AUGUCCGGCAAGCUCGACCAGUCUUUGGACGAGAUCGUCUCCUCCCAGCGCAAGGCUGGCGGCCGCCGUGGCCGCGCUACGCGCCGCUCCUCCGGCCGUCCCACCACCACUGCACCCGUGGGCGGCGUGCAGAAGAACUCCAAGAAGCCCCAGACCGCCACCAAGCAGGCUCCUGCCAAGGCUUCCGGAGGCCCCGGCGACAGCAAAGUCGUUGUCAGCAACCUUCCCAAGGAUGUGACGGAGGCUCAGAUCAAGGAAUACUUUGUCUCCUCAGUUGGAUCCAUCAAGAAGGCCGAAUUGUCUUACGGCCCCGGAGGCGUGAGCCGUGGCAUUGCUACCAUCAUCUUCGCCAAGCGGGAUGGCGCCUCCACUGCCUACAACAAGCUGAAUGGCCUCCACGUUGAUGGCAAGCCCAUCCGCAUCGAGAUCAUUGUCAGCGGCGACAAGGCUGCUGAGAUUGCGCCACCGCCCAAGACUUUGACCGAGCGCGUCACACAGCCAAAGUCUCAACCCAAGUCGGCUGCUCCCAACAAGAAGAAGGAGGCUGCUGCCAAGGAUGCUGGUGCUGCUGGUGCUAGCCGGGGUCGUGGUGCUAAGCGAGGCCGUGGUGGCCGCAGCGCUCGACCUGCCAAGAAGACAGCCGAGGAGUUGGACAGUGAGAUGGCAGACUACUUUGUUGCCAGCAACCAGGGCGAGAACGCCAACGGCGGAGCUCCUGCAGCUGCCACGAAUGGCGACGCACCUAUGGACGAUGGUAUCAUGUAA